AAAAAUGUGCAAAUAUGUAAUUCAUUUGACAUUCGUUUCACAUUGUUCCCCUAAUUGCGAAUGAAAAUGCGAAUGGAGCGAUCGAUGAGACGUCAGUGAAUGAAAAAUGGAUCGUCGAAGAGUUGGAAAGUGUUGAGAAUAAAUACAACCAGCAGCAGUCUCGUCACCCCGUCCCCUCAAUUAUCGACUCCAAGGUGAAUCUAACCUCCCGCACGAACCCCCAGCCCACAGCAAUUAGACUUAAACUUAAUCAAACAACAUCGAAUUAUUCAAUCAAUAAAUCGUGGCGUACACGGACAUAAAAAUGCGGAGUCGAAGUAACUCAGGAGUGCGACUGGACUACUACCAGCGAGUGGUCCAGAAGAUAAUAAUGAACUACCAGAACCCAGUGACAGGUCUGUUCCCAGCGAGCAGUGACAUCGACCACGCCUGGAUAAGGGACAACAUCUACUGCAUCCUGGCAGUCUGGGGGCUGUCAAUGGCGUACAAGAAGAUCGCCGACGUCGACGAGGAUCGAGCCAAGACGUACGAGCUGGAGCAGAGCUGUGUGAAGCUGAUGAGGGGUCUGCUGAUGGCGAUGAUGCAGCAAAAGGACAAGGUCGAGAAGUUCAAGAUAACUCAGAAUCCCCUGGACGCCCUUCACGCCAAGUACAGCUCAGCAACUGGCCAGUCAGUGGUGGGUGACAACGAGUGGGGACACCUGCAGAUCGACGCCGUCUCCCUUUACCUCCUCGUCCUGGCGCAGAUGACAGCCUCAGGACUGCAGAUUGUCUUCAACCUGGACGAAGUUGCGUUCAUCCAGAACCUGGUGUUCUACAUUGAGUCUGCGUACUGCACGCCAGACUACGGGAUUUGGGAGCGAGGGGACAAGACAAAUCACGGCCUUCCAGAGCUGAAUGCCAGCAGCAUUGGGAUGGCGAAGGCUGCGAUGGAGGCGAUGAACGAGCUCGAUCUCUUUGGGGCACGUGGUGGGCCGACUUCGGUCAUUCAUGUGCUGGCAGACGAGGCGCAGAAGUGCCAGGCUGUCCUGCAGUCCAUGCUGCCGAGGGAGAGCAACUCCAAGGAGCUCGACAGUGGACUACUCUCCAUCAUCAGUUUUCCAGCCUUCGCUGUCGACGAGCCGAAUUUAAUUCAACUGACGAGGGACGCCAUCACCAAGAAGCUCCAGGGGAAGUACGGCUGCAAGAGGUUCCUGAGGGAUGGCUACAGAACCCCCAGGGAGGAUCCCAACAGGCUCUACUACGAGCCCUGGGAGCUCAGGAUGUUCGAGAAUAUCGAGUGCGAGUGGCCUCUCUUCUUCUGCUAUCUCAUUCUCGAUUACUGCUUUCAAGGGAACAAGGAGGUCGUCGCUGAGUACACGCAGGCUCUUGAGGAGAUCAUGGUCAAGUCGGAGGAUGGCAUGAGGCUUGUGCCCGAGUUGUAUGCGGUGGCCCAGGAGAAUGUCGCUGCGGAGUAUGCCGAGCCCGGGAGCCAGCCCAGGGAGGCCUUGGGGAGGUGCCCCUUCAAGUGGGCCCAGUCGCUUUAUAUUCUGGGGAAACUGCUGCAGGAGGGCUUUCUUGCUGUUGGCGAACUUGAUCCGCUUAAUAGGAGACUCUGCAGCGAGAAGAAACCUGAUGUUGUGGUGCAGGUUGUUAUCCUUGCUGAAGAUGCCGAGAUAAGAGAAAAAAUCGCACAACAUGAUAUACAUGUUCAAACAAUUGCUGAAGUCGCACCUAUUGAGGUACAGCCUGCCAAAGUACUGAGCCAUUUGUACACUUAUUUAGGAAGAAAUAGAAAACUGGGUUUAUCAGGCAGAAAAUCCCGAGACGUUGGAAUCCUCAGCACAAGUAAACUAUACUCCCUCCACGAUCGAAUAUUUGCAUUCACACCACAGAACUUUGACGCCGAUGAAUUCUACGUGACGAAUGACGCUGCCUUCCUCGCCGAUACGUUUACCACCAAUCUGGCCUUUCUCGGUAUCAACUGGAAGCAAAUGCUGGGAAGACCAACAGUGACACUCGUUGCUACCCAUAAUCACCUAGAUCAGGGGAAAAUACCACUGGCCAUGAUCACCACGAUGAAGAAGCUGAAGAGUGGAUACAUCAAUGGAACUCGUGUUUCGUUGGGGAAUAUGAACGAUUUUCUCAGCACCUCUUGUAUCACGAAUUUGAGUUUCUUGGGGAGUUCUGAGGAUGGACGACCGGAUAAAUUGAAUCCUCAGGUCUAUCAGUACCUGGAGGAACACAUGAUGCGGGCCUUGCCCCACAGGGCAGGCCUCCUGAGAGGUCCAGCCAUCCGGACCGGUAAAAACUUACGCCGCAGGAUGUCCGUUAAAGGAGCAAUUAAAAAAACGAGGUCCAUCGCAGUUGAACCGGCAGUUCCUAUCAUUCUUCAAGAGCCUGAAAUUUUGGGAAUGGCAGGGGAGGAUCGAAGGCCCUCAGUGGUACUGUCAACGAAUCCCUUUAUCGAAGUCACUGACACGACCACAUUGUCACCGACUUCAUCACCCAAUGUACGAACCAACCGCACACCCUCGCCGACCGAGGAAGUCAUGCCCUGGAAGACGUCUCCAAAGCCACUGAGGAACAGAAAUCCCUCAGACACACAAUACGCUGAUACUGAAGUUGAAGAACUCAUGGCGAUGCUCAGGGAGACCGAGAGUCUCGAGGAGCAGGGAGAUAUCUUACAAUAUCUGAAAGUGGUCGACUCCCAGGGUCUCCAAUUCCACACAGGAAUGGUAGAGAACGGUCACCCCGUUCUGGUGAAAGACCUCUUGAAAUCCCUGUACGAGCGGGCUUGUCAGCAAAAAAUGUGGGGGAUAGUUCGUCACACAGCAGGAAUGUUGGGGAAACGUGUUGAAGAUCUGGCGAAAGCAGUGACUGAUCUUCUGGUGCGUCAGAAGCAAGUGACAGUGGGAAUGCCACCUGUCAAUGAGCACACGAUAAUAGCGCCCCUCCCAGAGAACGAAUUGCGAUCCCUGAUUCACUUGGCCUACGGAGACGACGAGAGUACAGCAAUGUUGACCCAGGAACUGCUUGUGUACCUCGCGAUGUUCAUAAGAACAGAGCCCCAGCUGUUCCACGAGAUGCUGAGACUCAGAGUUGGCCUGAUAAUCCAAGUAAUGGCAACAGAACUGUCUAGAACGUUAAUUUGCACUGGUGAGGAAGCCUCGGAGCAUCUUUUGAAUCUGUCCCCCUUCGAAAUGAAGAAUCUCCUUCAUCACAUAAUGAGUGGCAAGGAAUUUGCAAUCAGCAGUGUUGGACGUGGAAACUUCUCAGUCAUCUCCUGUAAAUCGACCAGAUUCAGCAAGAAAUCCCAGAUAGGGGGUCUUCUGAAUGUCGAUCAAACUGAUGGCAACGAAAUGGAGCCUGACAGGCAGGGACAGUGGCUGAGGAGGAGAAGACUCGAUGGGGCGCUCAACAGGGUCCCCCGAGACUUCUAUCCCAGGGUUUGGCAUGUCCUCGAGCGCUGUCAGGGGCUCGUCAUCGAGGGCAAAGUCCUCCCGCAGAACCUGACGCAGGAGAUGACCUCUGGGGAACUCAAGUUCGCGUUGGCUGUUGAAACAGUUCUCAAUACUAUUCCUCAGCCUGAGUACAGACAACUCAUUGUGGAGGCACUCAUGGUACUGACUUUAGUCACUGAGUACAAUGUUGUGGCUUCUCUGGGGGGGCUGAUUGCUGUGGAACAUCUGGUGCAUAAGGCCAAUGCUAUCUUCCUGGAGGACCAGGUGAAAAUUGAUGGCGAUGCAACACUCUGCUGUGCCAAACCCAAGGAGAAACGUGAAACAACACCCCUGGGAACACUCCUGUGCGGUGGAGCUGCAUACAUUUGUCAACACUUUUACGACAGUGCACCAAGUGGUAGUUAUGGUACAAUGACGUACAUAACAAGGGCAAUCGCAUCGCUACUGAAUUUUUUGCCCAAGGAUGGGGACCUCGAGUGCAGUAUUUCAUGAACAUUUAGUUGAAUUGUCAAUUAAUCGUUGUUAGAACAAUUUUCUUAGAUGAAUUUGUGCCGAAUAAUUCUGUUGUUCCACAAAAAAGCUAUAGUUUGGUGUAACUUGUUUAUUAUUUGGGAUCCUUACUGCAUAAAAUCAGUAUGAAUAAAUUGUUGAUUUGGUUAUGAAA